AUGCCCGGAGUCUGGCAGCGCCACCCUCGUUACACUCUCUUCGUAUUUCUCGUAAUAUGCGGCACAUUCUACAUGCUCAGCCCAUAUAAUCUGGACCUGCCCCAGCAAUACUCCCCGGUCAGAACGAGCACCAUUUACACUGACAAUGGCCUCCCGAAGCGGGUAGAGAGAAGCGAUCGUAUUUAUAACAAGGUAUUACGGGACCGACAGGCAAUGAUCAAGAAGUUCGGCCCAACAGCAGACGACGUCGAUAUGUUCCCACCUGACAAGGACCCCUGGCCCGCGUAUACGGUUUGGGAUUUCUUCCCUGCCGCGUACAACUGUCCUCAUGAGGUCGAGCGUAUUGGUGCCAUGGGAGACGGAGGAAAGUGGGUCUGCGGGCUGUCACGCGUACAGAAGAAAGCGGAUUGUGUCGUUUACUCAGUUGGCAUCAACUACGAAUCGUCAUUCGAGGCUGAGCUGCUCACCAAUACGGACAACUGUCAAGUUUGGGGUUACGAUUUCUCCGUCAAAUCCUUUGGGCCACAAAUCCCCAGUCGCCUCAGCCACCGAACUCAUUUCAAACCUUACGCUCUGGGUGGUGAGGAUAAGCACGACGACGAGAAGAUGCCCCUCUGGACGCUAAGCAGUUUGAUGAAAGCGAAUGGCCAUACCCAUAUUGAUAUUUUGAAAAUUGAUAUCGAGGGCUGGGAAUUCGACACGCUUACAACUUUGAUCAAACCUUACGUCGACGCUGGCUUGCCCCUGCCCUUCGGCCAACUCCAACUGGAGAUUCACGCCUGGAACAAGAAGUUCCCUGAGUUCCUCAAGUGGUGGGAAAUGUUGGAGGACGCUGGACUCAGGCCGUUCAUGACGGAGCCUAACUUGGUCUAUCAGAACUACAACCGACAUGGGUCGGCGGAUUUGGCUGAGUACUCUUUCAUUAACGUCAAGGGCCAGAACAUCUUCAUGCACGAUCCUCCUUCGGAACCAUGA